UCCUUGCGUAUGUCACAGCUAACGCAAUCUAAAGCGCGGAGCAAAUAGAACGCGAAAAACUACACACAUACACAGUCGCGUACGAGAACCAAGCUGGACGCGUAAUCCAACGAACCGUGCACAUCUUGCCCAGAUGUUCGAGUACGCGUAAUAUUAUGUACGCAGGGAAGGUAACAGAAAAAAAAGAUACGCGCGUCUGUGUGCUCCGUUACCUACCGGUACCUUUCUUAGCGCCUAGUUUGCCCCCAGGAAAAGACGGGAAAAUAAAGAACCGGGUGGGGCACUAGAGCAUCUGCUCCGUUAGUGGAUCUGUGGACGUGUGCUUUACGAGACGUUGGGCGCACUUUAAAUAAACAACACAAAACAAAAAAGCUAUUUCGAUCUCACCACGCUACCACGCCCUAAAGGCAAUAGUGGACGAACUGUUCGAGGAGCAGGCGAAAGAAACCAUUGUAGAUGCGCAGUGGAUUAAGUACGCUGAAGGAUCGAUUACCGCCCUCCAAUAAAACCGGAAUAAACAGUAUAUUGAAGCAAAAGUAGUUAGACAGUGUGUAAAAUUUGGAAAUAUUCGGGCGACUCCAUGUUCGCUGUAAGCAUCGGAUAGGUUGUUUGAAUUUCGUUGAGCUCUAGUGAUCGAACGAGGCAUAAAGUGUGGACAGUGGUGGUAACGCUAAUUCCGUCAGCUUAGUACACGGUAGUGCAAGUCCUAGAAAAGUGGCAUCGUGUGAUGCGUGGUGCAUAGUGUAAGCGGUAACACCGUCUUUGCGGCACUCAAAUUCAACAACAAUCAAAAACCCGUAAAUGGCACCGACGAUGUGCACUGGUGCAGCCCACAGUUGAAGACUGACGCAAAGUGCUGCCACUAGUGGUGAAAUGAUGACGCGCCCUAACAUGGUGAUCCUGCUGCGGGCCCUGCGCUGGAUUCCCAUCUGUACCGUGCUCGUGGUAAUACAAGAAUGGCACCGGACGCUGGCGCUGCGAUUGACAAACAUGAACGUCCCGGAGGUGGUCGACUAUCGUGAUACGGUAACGCUGUCCUGCAGCUACGAUCUGGGCGCUCACCAAUUAAACUCAGUCAAAUGGUACAAGGGCAAUAAGGAGUUUUACAGGUAUGCACCGAUGCUGUUUCCAAAGGUGACAACCUACCCGGUAGAUGGAAUCGUGAUCGCGACCGAUCGACCCACCAUCUGUAACCAGUACCUCUGCUCGAUCCGGCUGACCGAACUGCAGCGGCGCACGAGUGGCGAGUAUCGGUGCGAAAUAUCGGGCGACGCGCCCGAGUUCAAGCUCGCGAACGGUACGCGCAACAUGACGGUUGAGGUGCUGCCGCAGGACGACCCCACUAUUAGUGGGUUGAGCGCGAGCUACCUACCAAACGAGCACAUCGCCGCCAACUGCACGUCCGACAGGUCCAGCCUAGUCACCAGGCUGCUGUGGUUCAUCAACGGUCGUACGGUUCCGAUGGAGUACCUGCAACAGCUGCAGGAGACAUCGCUCGAAAGCGACGGGUUCGUCAUCCGCUACCGGAUGCUGGAAAUGCGGGUGCCAGUCGACCGGCUGGUGCAGCGCGAGCUGGACAACGUGAUCCAUAUCAAGUGCGUGGCCACGGUCGACGCCGUACCGUCCGUUGGCCGAGAGACGAAAACGGUCGUGGCACUACGCAGCCACCGAUCCUCUCUGUUUGGGUUCGGCGGCCAUAGCCGGGCGGCCAGCCGAACAAGCCUCGUUCCAGCGCUCACCCUCAGCUCCGAUCUAAAUGGUGCCCAAUCACUGCUACUGCUUGCCUCCAUCGCGAUCGCCAGCCUGCGAUGGUACAGUGGGCUCGACCUGCGGCUCCUGCUGGACAACCGACCCUAAGACGAGCGGGCAGCUCGUGCAGCUACCAGCCGCAUCAAUUAAAAAGGACGAAUUGAAACACUCUCUUAACACUCUCUAAACACUGUUCUUCGCCAAAAAAAAAGUUCGUCCUUGGUUUCGAAAGGGGCAAACGAAGAAAACAUCGUUACAUCAGUGAGCAGAUCAGGUGCACAAAGUACUGUCUGCUGCUCAAACUUGAAGCGUUCUAUAAACGGGCAAGCUACCACACUGUCCCUUAAUUGUUCAGCAUGACGAAAAAAGAAAACCUCCAACACCCGCUCCCCUUGACGCUUGCAUGUAAACCUUGCUCUUUUACUGGUGCAUCUGGAUAUCAUGGUUAGGAAUAAUUCAAUCUUCGCUACGGUAAGCGAAGACACGUUGGAAAAAAUUAACAUUGAUGAGAUACUUAUCGCUGCAUUAAGGAGGAGAACAAAGCAAAAACAAUACAUUCAGCAGCACGUUCCACCAACAUAUAGUAUGUAAAAAAAAAA